AUGUCUGCUGUGAUGGGUUGUCGCUCUGCGCUGAGGCCGAAGCUACUCAUCACGUUUCUCCUCGCAUCUACCAACAUUGUCUGUCUGCACGGGGAUCCUAUCACAGAUGUGAACCACAAUCUGCACUGUGUGAACGAUUACCUGUUCACCAUCAACUGCACGCUGAACAUCCCACCAUCAGAAACCAGCUCAGACAGCAGCAGCUCGUACUGGCUCACUUUUGAAGAAAUACAUGAACUAAAGGAGAAGUUUGUUUGUAAUCUGACAAAAAACAACAAGGAUUACUUCUGCUCCGUUACCAUAGCUGAUCCAAUGCCUGAUGACUAUUAUUCAGACAUCUUCUCGGAUUCAGAUAUUUUUAAUAUCUCACUUUGCCACAACCAAAAUGGAUCUAAAAACUGUGUGGAGCUGGAGGACGAAUAUGAGCCAGAGGAAAACAUUAAACUGAACCCACCGUGCUGCCUCACAGUCAGCCACAACUCAAGCCAAUGCCACUUCACCUGGAGGAGUACCUAUGAACAAUACGAACAUUUCACCGGUCUGACCGACAACAUCAAGUAUCAGCUCUAUUACUACAAAAGAGGAGACAAACAUAACGUGUUAUCACAUGUAAUUAACACCAACAACAUGAGUUAUUCUGUGGCUGAUGAGAACUUUGAGCCGGGGACGGAGUACGCUGCCAGAGUGCGUUCAAGUCCUAAUCAGGCGUAUUACAUGGGACUGUGGAGCGACUGGUCCUCUGAGGUUUACUGCAAGACCGAGUUGACUGAGAACGAUCUCCCACCAAACACAUUUGUUUCUGGACUGGUUAAGGUGCUUAUCUCCUUAUGUGUGAUGGUGCCAUUUGCCUUACUUUUCUGCUACACUCCAGUAAAAAAGUGGAAGCAGAGUGCCUUUAUCCCAACUCCAGAACCAUAUUUCCACACCCUGUACAGUGACUGCCAGGGAGAUUUCAGGAGCUGGGUGAUCACGCAAGAAAACACAGCAGACAUGCUGAAGGCAGAGGAAACGCUGCAAAUCGAUACGCUAACCAAGUGCGCAGUUGUCGAGGAAGAAGAGCAUCAGCUCCAGUGUCGCCGCCAGCUCAUGGAGGGCAACACCUACAGCAACAUCAGUGACCUGGGCUGUGAUGAGUCCCUGCUGGGCAUCCCGUACGCAGUGAUCACCAUGGCUCCGCUGUCAUCUCCGGAGAGCUCACAGCCGGGGAGCCCUACUGAAGGAGACUCAGGGUGCUGGCUGGAGAGGGACACUCCCUGGUACUUUAAUGAAUACUGUACCCUGAGCGCCUUCCAGCAGAGUAGUCCCAUCACAGCAGAGCACCCUGGGAGUCCAACAAAGUUCUGCCCAACAGGGAUCAUCUGAGUGAAGGCCACCAUUGAUGCAUAAGCUAAUAUUUGUGUAGUAAAUAGAGUAAAAUAGUGUGAAGUUGAACUUUAGAUAAUGUUGGAUCUAAAAGUUCAAGUACACACAUAUAUACAGGGAAAGGUUCAAAAACACUUGCUUCAAGCUGAAAAAUAAUAUAAAUUAUUUUAGCCAGUUUUCACAGUAGAUAUGUCCACUUUGCAUGUAGUCAUUUGUAAAAUGUUUUUGCCAGCAUUAUGCAGAUUUCAAAUUGUAACUGUUACCUUUUAAUUGCAUCGAAUGAGUAGUUGUGUAGAACUGUAAAUAGUUUGUAGAAUCAAAAUAAAUUAAUUUAGGCAUUUUUAUGGGUGAAUAGCUGUGCUUUGUCGCUGAAAGCCUUCAAGGUCAAGCUCAACUUUCUUAUAUUUUACUCACUUAAUAAAGAAAAUGUUAAAAUUU